AUGCUCACCCACCAGAACAAGCGCCUAUCGACCAGCAACGUCAAGUUGGAGAAGCAACUCCAGGAGCUGGCAGGAGUUGACCAGAAGUUCGCGGCAGUGCACAAGCAGCUAGACACUGAUGCAGACUCCGCUCUGGAGCUAUUGCGGAACUUGGAGCAUCACAGCCGGGUGCAGGCUGUGGUCUCCUCUCUCAGCCUGUUUUUACACGCGGACAUGGACAAAAGCGGCAGCUUGCAGGAGGAGGAGGCGGAACAAUUCCUUCUGGGCUUCACGCAGCUGUGGGAUUUGAUCCCGGACUACCCCGAGGAUGCAGUUCAGGACCUCGAGGGCGAACUUACCUUUGAGAUGUUCUCUGAGCUGCUCCGUGCGGUGGUCCAGGAGGACGCUCCGAAGUGCCGUAGCAUCCUGGACACCAUCCUCCAUCAGGACGAUGACGAUCGAGUUAUCAUGGCUGCGCCCACGCCGGUUUAUGGUGCGCGGCAGGCUACGCCGAAGGAGGACCUCGAAAGUGGGAGCGACAGUCGUCCGGACGAAGACGACAAGAUGAAGCCCUGGCUGACGGUUGGUCCUUUGCAAAUCUGGGGCCUUUUGCACCUCGGGGCCAUCCUACUGGUUCUGCUGGCCGGCUUUUGCUUUUUCUGGGAUGUGAUCUUCCUGGACUUUUCAGCUUCUACGAUCGCCUUUCUGAUGCUCAUCCUCGGUGGAGGGCUGGCCUUGCAGGGCGAGCUGCUCGUCAUCGCGAAGCGGCUGCGGAAGGAAGUGGGCGUCUACAAGGAGGAGAAUACGAAGCUGGCAGAGUCGGUGGAGGAGUUGACAGGUCGUGUCAAGCGCCUGCGCUCCAUCCAGAAAGGCUUGGAAAACUUGCACGACAAGUUUGGCAAUAAUGCCAGGCGUGCGCAGCAGUUGGCGCGCAAAGAGUCGUCGCACUCGAAAACACACCUG